CAAGAACUUCGUAUGGUGUGAUGAACACAACCGGAUCUUCACAAACGGCAUGAGUAGGAUUACAACACUGUGAUGAUUCCUAACGGUUCUGACGACGAAAUAGCAGCAAAGAGUGGUAAGGGGCGAUAUUGUCGUUAUUAUCAGCAAUUGGGAGCCCCGACUCUCAUUUACGAAGGAAGUCGAAGAGAUAAUCGCCGUUUCCAUGUUGAAUCAUCAAAAUUGCCGCUUGAUAAUUCAAGAGAAUUGCACGAAACGUUGAAGAGAAGCAACCGCGUGAAGGCGCGUUGGCAAUUUUCCCUUGACGUAAACCAAAUUGAUUCUAUCUCGAUUCCAGGCUAUGGAAGAGGAAGAAGAAAGUAUGGAUCAGCAAAACUGAAAACCAACUACGAAGAUGGGAGCGGCUCUUCCGGAAGCGAGACGGAGGGGRAAAUGAUUCAACGGCUGGACAAGAAACGACAACAAAAUCGCCUCGCGAUGUUAUUAGAGGACGACGCAGYCAUGGCAAGACAUCGAAAGUGUCUCGAGGAUCAUGCAAAAUUCGAACAUCCAUACAUGAAAGCUAAUUUCAAUCGCGUUGGCGGAACGAAGGAGCCGAGAAUUAAGCCGUCAACUUACUUGAAGAGUCAAAAAUUCAGCGUCACGCAAAGGAURAAUGCAAAUCCUUCAUAUCUGGCUCCAUUUGAUUUGGAUUGYAUAGAURAAGCCAACAGUGGUCACGACACAGAGAAGAAUCUAAAAGGAAGAUCAACGGCCUUUCGAAGAAAGAUCGCAUCAAAUACUUGUGAUGGACCUCCCCAAGGAAAUGCCCUCUUGAGUGUUCCAUGCCCGUGUGAUUCUUGCUCAAAGGGUACAAAAMGCUAUAUGUUAUUGCAUCCAAAGGGCGGUUGUUUGGAGCGAUUAUGUGUUAGUAGUGUAGUUCUUCCUCUCGACCGACGGAAUAUUGGUGAUAUCGACACCGCAAUAAUAAAACACAGAACGAGUAUGGACCAAUCUCAAGAAAAUUUCUCCACCUCUGAAGUGGGUGAGAUAUGUUUGGGCGACACGAUUCUAGAAAUAAAACAAUGCGGUGUAUGGGGUGCUGAAAAUCAAAUAUGUAUAUUUGCUAUCAGGACAGGGACUCAUAUAAGUGUUGUAAACAUUAAAUGCAAGAGACUCAACUUGGAAGCGGAACAAGAACAAGACUCUGAAUUAUCGAGGUGUUGUGGGUGGUAUACUCUGAAAGAAAUGGAACGAUUAGAUCUAAGAUCUUUUUCCYCCAAAAUACCAUCUUUUCGACCAGUGUCGCUUGCGUCACACCCAAAAUACGGCAGUGCCUUCACUCCUUCCAGGUUUGCUUUUGCAAGUCACUCAGAAGGGAGCUCCGGUUCAUCAUCUUACAAUGUUGUUCACAGCUGCACUUUCGGAACAGAAAGAACCAUAACAAAUCGACACGACAUCAAUAACCUUAGAAGCAUCUCUUUCAUUGAUUUCAGCAAUCGAAAUCCCAUGUGUUUAUGGUCAGCAGCAUCCUCGUACGUUCGCCCAGCACUAGCACUUGGACCUGUUUCCAAAGUUACCCGUCAGGCAAAAGCUCCAUUUGGGCUUGGUAGCUCCUUGUUUAUGAUUGAUUUGCGAAGCAAUUCUGCGGUCUUUCAGUGGAGCCCAAGUGCAGAGGAAAUGAUGACAGAGGGUGUUCAUUCUAUWAAUGGAAUAUCGACGGAUUGGACUCRGGAAAACACUGUGUUUGUAACUUCUACAUCUGCUGGAAAAACAUGGGAAAUCGAUGGUAGAAUGCCUUGUCGAGCAGUUAACGCGUGGUCCCUGACCAGUAUAUGUGAAGAGUAUAGAGCUAUAACUCUACCCAAAAAGGCAUUUUAUGGUGAGGCGAGUCUACUCACGAGACCCCUGACACAAUUUGGUAGCUCUGAUCUACCUCUCCUAAAGGUAGAUACAGACUUGAGAGCRACUGGAAUCCAUCUAUUCCAAAAGCCUGUACGAAAGCCAAGGUUUCAAACCGAUAGCUUAGAAUGUAUCGGGACGGCAGGGCUAGACGUAACCGAGACAGCUAGUAUUGCUACAAGUUCUUUUUUUGACUUGACAGGUGUUUCUGACGACACUUUCACAUGUGGUAUUUCAAGCAUACGGGUACCACUUAGUCUAUACGUAGAUGCAGAUGAGAAUAUUUGGCCUCAGUAYCUCAAAGAAAACUUGAAUGUUUUGAGCACCAUGACCAUCGACAACAACGGUGACAUCUACUCCCAUUCAUUGCUAGAAUGCAACGAUAAGGUGGAACUCCCCGAUGAAUGCCGCCGCUUCGACGGCUUACCAAUUGGAACGAGAGCAAUCAAUAUUCCCAAAAAAAUUGAUGGUAGAACGAAAUUCUUAUUGAAUGGCCACUGGAAACAAACUKGUGGGAUGAACCUAAACCUAUUCUUGAGCAAUGUUUACCCAGUCUGUCGCAAUGCGAUACUUUCGAAUGGCGACGACGCUGGCGACAUCAACGGUCACGAUGUCGGUAAUAGUAACAAGAUUCUUCUGAAUACUUCGAAGAAGAAAAAAAUYGACGAGGGCAAUGCUGUUGUCCAAAUAACCAAGAAGCCACGUAAGACCGGCUUGAUUAUACGUACUGAAGAUAACAAUGGAAAUUGCAAUGGUAUGAUAGAACCGGGCGGAGAUGAUCGCACUUUAAUAAUGCCGCUUUCUCACUCAAAGGGAAUAGAAAGCAAAACUGUUGUCUAUCCAGCGAGCAACAAUAGCAAUGAUAGCGAUGGUAGCGAUGGGACUGUCGUAAUAGGAAUGGAUGGAAAUGGAAGUAAAAGUAGAUCAGAUCUUUCAAAGGACAUCAUAAAAAAYACUUUGGAUACGUGGGAGGAUACAGCAUCAGAACAGGACUCACUAGAUGAGAAGGAUUGCAUUUCUUACUAAGCUAUGGGAUUGCGASAGAAAACCAUAUUUGUUUUACUAGGAAUAAYUUUGUCAACUGACUUCAUUUCUAUUUGACAUUUGCACCUGUCUAGACCCACAAUAAUAACAGUACAGGAGCUCAGUGCACACGUGGUGCACAGGGAUGAUGGUUGGUUGGAAAGUGUCAUUUCAUGCAUCCCUACCAUUAAGCAGAUAUGUAUUGCCUGAUARAUGUUCGGGCUUGCAUGAAAUAUUGAGACACGUAGCUGCCAAUUCGACAGCUCUCUUAACGUGUUCAAUCGAAUAUCGAUUGUCCAAUCCUAGAACGUACUGUAAGAGUUCCAGUCGUAAACAUGGACUGUGCAUCCGACUAAUCAUUUCGUCGAUAGCAAGAAGGAACCGCAUGUUAUUGAAAUCUGUWUGCUCCACUGCUUGGUGAAGCUGUCUUGCAAAACUUUUUCUAUUUGUGAUGGCCUUGCCACUAACAAAGGCCAUAAAACGAGAAUCCUGAUCAACGGCAAUUUCAAGAUCGUCCUGAGCUGCUCUUUGAUCACGCCAGGAUGCAAGUCGAAACGCAAUAUUUUGUUCGCCGUGUUCAACCCAUUCUUCGACGGCUUCCCAAGACUCUUUGGUUCGUUUCUUGGCACCUCCAUCUUGCAUUGCCCUCAAAAUUUGGGCCGCUCCAAGAACAGCCAAGAGACCAUCAGAGUUGGUUGCCGAUCGUAGACGAUCAGUAUCCAGUGGCGGUGGAGGAGGCCUGGGGAUGYUACCUUUGCUGAUCUGAUGUAAGGUUGCUUCGUCUCCUUCUCCACUGUAAUCCAAUAGCAUAGCUUCUGAAUCCAAUUGUGACUURUGCUCAUCAUUGUCUUCAUCAUCACUCGAGGCAUUCGCAUUCGCUUUUCGGCUCGUGAUUGCUGGUACUGUAGGCACGUGAUGGUCUUCUGAAGACACCAAAGAAUACAAAAUAAGGAGCUGCCUGGAGGUGUAAUAAUCUGAUGCUCUAACU